AUGAAUCAUUCAAGAAUUACUUAUAUUUUAGAAGAUAAAUAUAAAAUAUUAAAUGAAUCCUAUUUUUAUGUAAGAAAAGAAAACUUAGUAAAUCAUGGAACAAUAUUAAAAGAAUUGAAAGCAGUUUUGCACCUUUCUUUUAAUUAUACAGAAAAAUUUGCAUCUUUUGAAAAUAUUACUAUUCAUUGGUGUGCAAAAAAUAAUUGUCUUCUUCCUCCGUUUGCUACAAUUCCAUCAAAUGGACUUCAUAUAACAAUACAUCCAUUAAAUAAUUUAAAUAAUUCUUUUGAUAAUUUGUUUUUUUUUAAAAAUAUAUGGAAAAAUGAAAUUCCAACAUAUGAUUCUUUUAUUGAUACAAAAAUAGGAAAAUUAUAUUACAAUCAUACUUUCUCUUCUAGUACUUUUUUAUUAGAUUUAAGUUGUAUAUUAAAUGCAUACUUAUGUAGUCAAGUAAAAGAUAAGGAAAAUAUAAUUCAAAUAGAACUAUUUAUAGAUCCAUCAUCUAAAACAUUAACUAUAAAAUAUAUAUGGAGAUUGUCUUUCAAAAGUUUCCAGCUGGACAUGUAUUCAAAUUCUUUACAAAAUAAAUCAAUUCAUGUUGAUGUUGGAUUUCUUCAGCCUGUUUCUAAUAUACAUGAAAAAACUAGAUAUCUUUGGAGGAAAAACUCUCUUUAUAAUUCUAGUGCAUUUGAGCCAUAUAUGACUUUUUUUUCUAAUAAUUUUCUUGAAAAUUCCACUGUUUAUUCUGAAAUUCUUUCUCCAGUAGGAUUUCAUACAAAAAUUCGAUCAAAAAUAGUUAUCAAUAAAUCAUUGAAAGAUUAUUGCUCUCUUUAUAUCCUUUAUUAUCUUCCCAAAUCAGUGUUUGUUGAUAAAUACCAAUUGCAAGAUUUAGUACAGUUUAAUAUAGGUAAUCUCAAGAAAGUUCAUUUUAUAUGGGGAGAGACGAAUUUAGAGGCACCUGUAUGGAAACUUCAAAAAUGGGGAAGUGUAGUUUUGAUUGAAACCGUUUCAAAUCACUUAAAUACAUCAUUUUUUGUCGAUUUACCUAUUCAUCUUCGUUAUUUUCCACCUAAAAAAGACAUGUUUUACACAUCUGAUUUACCUUUUCCUAUCUCUUUUUUUUCUUGCGAAUCAAUACAAGACGUAAAUACUAUACAAACACCUUUUACAUCUAGUUGGGAAUUAUUUCAUCAACACUUUCCACAAAAUAAUACAUUUCAUUUUUUACAUAAUUUAAAUCACAAUGAUUCUUUUAUGAUUAUUCAUAUACCUGUUGUCAAUUCAGAUCAUAUUUUAUUUGUUCAAUUUUUGACAUUUUUACUCAUUUUGGCUUCUUUUACUUAUAUUUCAUUUAAACUUAUUCUUUUAAUUCUAAAUACUUGGAAAUUCAAACAUAAGAAAAAAUAA